AAGGUAGGCGGGACUACUAAAAUCCCGGUGCCAAGUAGUAUCAUUGUGAGCUUCAGCAACAGAUGGCGACGGCAGGAGCGUUUAGCCGCGGUUCAAAUCUGUCCGGGUGGAGGUUCUGAUGGCAGAGUCCCGACCUACUUCCUGACUUUUGGUUUCUAAUGUUGGAUUUGGAAAAUAACCAAGACAUCCGAUUUUUACAUAUUAUUUCCUCUUUAUAGUUGUUUUUUAAAUUUGGUUUGAGUUCAGAUUUCUGCUGGAGGCCCCAAAAGCCUCGGACUAGAUUUGGCGAUCCAAGGAGCCCGGCGUAAGGAGACGUCUGCCGUAUUGCUCGCUCGCAAAGUUUCCUAAAAUGUGUUUGACCAUUUGUGUUGUUUUUAGGUGUUACGGUUUCGCUUUAUAAAGUUGGUUGUGUUCGCGUCACAGCAAAAGGUGGAAUUAAUGCGGGGUAAAUUUAAGUUAAGGAGACAAGCUAACUGCUUAGCUACAUAGCAACGAACUGGAUGAAUGAAUGAAGCAGCUCGCAACUACCUGGAUUUAAAAGGAGAAACUGAGUUCAUUAUCACUACAAGUUUAUGUCACGUAUUCCUACAAGGCGGCACUGAUUUUCUCUACUCAGGAGAACAUUUAUGAGCAAGUGUUCCUCGACUGUUUCACCGGUUUUCCCACAAAUGAACAGGAAUGCUUUGCUUGGGAGUGGAUGGGCAGCGGCAGUUUAGCACGCGAAGAUAGCGCUGUGUCGGUGCUACGUCUCCUAAUGUUUAUUAGGAAGGGCGAGGUCAGCUUUAGCUAGCUACAGAUAUAUAUGCACUACUCGGACUUGUCAGCGAUAAGUGUGAAGCUUACGCCCAGAGUUUGGAAUGGGGAACACGGUGUCAUGCUGCGUCUCUCCGGAGUCGAGUCCCAAACUCCCUUCGAGACAACCCGCGGAGCGGCUGGAGGAGUUCACCAGCACCGAAGUGAGCGACGACAACACCGGGCCCUAUCUGCAGCACAUAAGCGACAGGGAGGUCCCUGAUGAGCUGGCCUUGGAAUCUAAUCCAUCGGACCACGCCCGAGCGAGCACCAUCUUCCUCAGCAAGUCCCAGACAGACGUGCGCGACAAGAGAAAAAGCAAUCACAUAAACCAUCUCAAUCGUGUUUCUCCUGGUCCGCCGUUGAAGAAGUACAGCUCCUGUUCUACCAUCUUCAUAGACGACAGCACCGUGAGUCAGCCAAACCUCAAAAGCACAAUUAAAUGUGUCACUUUAGCAAUAUACUACCACAUCAAAAACAGGGACUCUGACAGGUCACUGGACAUCUUUGAUGAGAAGUUGCACCCUUUAUCAAAAGAGCCGGUCCCAGACGACUACGCGUACGUCGACCCAGAACACAAACUCAUCUAUCGCUUUGUCAGGACGCUCUUCAGCGCCGCACAGCUCACCGCUGAAUGUGCCAUCGUCACACUCGUCUACUUGGAACGUUUGCUGACGUACGCGGAGCUGGACAUUUGUCCGGCCAACUGGAAGCGGAUUGUCCUGGGAGCCAUCCUGCUGGCCUCCAAAGUCUGGGACGACCAGGCGGUGUGGAACGUCGACUACUGCCAGAUUCUUAAAGACAUCACCGUGGAGGACAUGAACGAAAUGGAGCGCCAGUUCCUGGAACUUCUCCAGUUUAACAUCAACGUGCCAGCCAGUGUUUACGCCAAGUAUUACUUUGACCUGCGGCAGCUGGCCGACGACAACAACCUCAACUUCCCGCUGGAGCCCCUCGACAACCAGCGCGCUCAAAAACUAGAGGCCAUUUCAAGACUGUGUGAAGACAAGUACAAGGAUCUGAGUAAAGCAGCGAUGAGACGCUCCAUCAGCGUAGACAACCUGAUAGGCAUGCGGCACUCAAACGCCGUACUCUCGUAGGCCCGCCCCCUCCAGACCCCCCAGCCGCAGCACAGCCGACGCCGGACAAACCCACAGAGUCUCCGCAGCCGCAUCAGAUGGGGUUCUGCCCGCAAACGCCUCAGCAUGGUGGUGGUUCACAGCUGCGUCGCCGAUGAAGCUGAAAUUAUGGCUCCAGAGUAAACCGUGAGCCGUCCUUUUCACAGAUCUAUUAUUUAUUUCUCAACAAAACUCAAUUUUCCCCAGAAACGGUGUUUAUAAAAAAAAC